AUGAACUUCAAGACUCUUUCUCUCGCUGCUAUUCUUUCCGCCACUGCUUAUGCUAAGGCUAUUGCUCUUCCUGAAGCUUUUGCUCAUGCCAUGGCCAACCCCGCUGAAGCCACCUACCAGUGCCACUCUUACUGUGGCAAUGCCAUUCUCCAAGGCCGUGAAUGUGAAGACGGUGACACCACCUGCCUUUGCUCUGAAGGCUCUGGUUUCAUGGAGCUCAUCGCCAACUGCAUGGCCUGUGCUGACACUCUUUGGGACGACUAUGGUUCUUACCUCACCCCUUACCUCAACACUUGCAACAUUGCUGUCACCCCCGGUACUUACUCUCUACUCUCGUCUUCUGCAUCCUCCACCUCUUCAGCCGUCGCAUCUUCAGCUGCUGCUUCCACCUCCGCCGCUACUACUUCCACCUCUGCAGCCGCUACCUCUUCCGUCGCCGCUACCUCUUCCGCCGCUGCUUCCUCUUCCGCUGUUGAAACUUCUUCUGCUGCCGCCACUUCUUCUGCUGCCGCCACUUCUUCUGCUGCUGCCACUUCUUCCGCUGCCGCCACUUCUUCCGCUGCUGCCACUUCUUCUUCUGUCGCCACUUCUUCUGCUGCUGCCACUUCUUCUGCUGCUGCUACUUCUUCCGCUGCUGCCACUUCUUCAGCGGCCGCCACUUCUGAAGGUAUUGCUCAGGUCACCUCUUCUGCUGCAACAACUCUUGCCCAGGUCAACGGCGCUGCUUCUUACCAGGUUGGUUUCGGCGCUUUAGCUGCUGGUGCUCUUGUUGCUCUCUUUUAA